AUGUCACUUUCAAAUCAGCCUGCGAGAAAUGUUGUUGCCCUGGUAUCUAUUCCUAAUUGCGACCUACAAUUCCCUGCUUGGUUAAAGCUGAUAGCUUUUGGGACCGAGACAUUUAUUGUACUGGCAACUGCCCUAUUCAUUUAUAACUACUGGUUUCAUCCCAUCGCCCACAUUGAUGGACCAUUCUGGGCCAAGACCACUCCUUUCUGGCUGAUGAGCUCUGUGAAUCGCCACAGGCACAACAAUGACAUUGAAGCCUUGCAUGCAAAAUAUGGGCCUGUGGUAAGAGUUGGCCCCAAUGAACUCUCGUUCGCGACCGAGGAAGCCCUAAAGGCCAUCCACAACCCGCCGCCAAGCCACCCCAUCUUCACUAAAAAUGGCACCAUUGAGUCCCUUCUGGCCAGGCUGGUCUGGUCGGCCCCAAACCUUCUGAGCACGCACGAUAAGGCAACCCACAAGAGGCUGCGGAACGCACUGCAGCCAGCAUUUACAGCAAAGUCCCUACUUGAGCAAGAGGGGAUCGGACAGUAUCACAUCGACAAGGAGGUGAAGAAAAUAAUGUCCAUCUCAUCCAAGGAUCAUGAGGCCGUGUUCAACUUGUCCGAGAACGUGGCGGUUAUGAUUUGGGACAUUGUUGGUGAUUUGUCAUUUGGGGAGCCUCUAAUGCGGCACCAGCGUGAUAAAUACGAGCACCUUAAAAGUACAUACGCAACUGGGGCGCCAUUGCUUGAACUCUGUCAGUUUUUAACGGAAAUUCCCAUCAUUGGACGUCUUGCAACCCUACCGAUCAUUAUCACGCCCAUUGUAUAUCGGAAACCGAGGCACUUCCUCCUUAUGAAUAAGCUCAAGCAGUGGAUCGACGACCACGAUGGUGCCCGUAAGGAUUUUUUGACAGCCAUCAUGGCAGCCAAAGAAAGCGCCAACCUCACGUCCGAAGAGAUGCUUAGCAACUCUGCCCUCUUCGCCAUGGUGGGCUACGACACCACGGCGGCCACCAUUUCGGCCCUUUUCUACCUGCUGCUUAAACACCCGUCGAGCUUGGGUCGGUUGACAGCCGAGCUGCGCGACGCGUUUCCCAGCAAGGACAAGGUGACGGCCACCGCCACGCUCAAGCUACCAUAUCUCGGCGCCGUGAUACAGGAGACGUUGAGGCUGCUCCCUCCCAUCAAUGGCCGGGGAUCGCAUCGCAUUUCCCCCGGCGCUGUGGUCGACGGCUUGUACGUGCCGCCUGGCGUUAUGGUCUCGGCUGACCCGUGGUCAAUCGGCCGGUCCCCUCAGUACUGGGCCGAGCCGCAUGCGUUCCGGCCAGAAAGGUGGGUGCCAGGGGAGCAGGACGAGCUGCCCUGGCGCCAAGACGUGAGGAGCGCGUGGCGUCCGUUCAUGGUCGGGCCGAGGGCGUGUAUCGGUAGGGAGAUGGCACUGCAGUCUAUACGGUUGAUGGUCAGCAAGAUUUUGGUGGAGAUGGACCUGGAGAUGGUUAAUAAAGAUUUUGUUUGGGAGAGGGACGCGUCGAAUGAUUACGUUUGGUAUAAUUUUGAUAUUUUUGUUAAAUUUAAGCCUAAAGUCUGA